CGUCGUCCAUUGUCCAUCGUCCUAGAGGAGACCCAGAUGAGAAGGGCCUGUUCUCUACCUUCCCAGCCCACCAUGUCGGUGGUUCUACUUCUCUUCUUCUUCCUGUCUCUUCUCUCUACUGUUCAGCCAGAUAAUCUUGAAAUCCUAAUGAAAUUCAAGGCUGCGUUUCAGGAAUCCAAUACCCUUGUUUUCGAUUCAUGGACAGCAGACAAUCAACCUUGCAAUUUCACCGGGGUUUCCUGUAAUUCAGAUGGUUUGGUAACAAGUAUUGAGCUGGGUAAUAGAAAUCUGGUCGGUGUUAUCCCUUUAGAUUCCCUCUGCCGGCUUCCAUACCUGCAGAAACUGUGUCUGGGAUUGAAUUUCAUUUACGGUACCAUCACAGUCGACGUUUUGAGGAAUUGCAGUAAGUUGAAGUACUUAGAUCUUGGGUUCAAUUCCUUCUCGGGAAUGGUCCCCGAUUUAUCCACUCUAACCCAGUUAGAGUUGCUGAGCUUGAAUUCCAGUGGGUUCUCCGGUCCUUUUCCAUGGAGUUCACUGGCGAACAUGACAAAUCUCGCCUUUCUGAGUCUCGGGGACAAUCUCUUCGAUAUGGAUCCAUUCCCUGUGGAGGUUCUAAAGCUCGAGAAGUUGUACUGGCUGUACCUCUCCAAUUGCAGCCUCCAAGGUGAGAUUCCCAAAGGCAUCGGAAACCUCACUGGACUCAUCGACUUAGAACUUGCUGAUAACUAUCUAUCUGGCGAUAUCCCAGUUGAUAUCGUGAAGCUUACGAAUCUGUGGCAGCUUGAGCUCUAUGAUAAUCAACUAACAGGAAAAAUCCCACCUGGAUUUGGGAAUCUUACUGGUCUCACUAACUUCGAAGCCUCCAAUAAUUUGCUUGAAGGAGAUCUAACGGAGCUGAGAUUCUUGACGCGGCUCGUGUCUCUGCAACUCCACGGGAAUCAAUUCUCAGGUGGGGUCCCAGAGGAAUUCAGUGACUUCAGGAACCUUGUGAACCUCACGCUCAGCAUGAAUCAGCUCAGGGGUCCUCUUCCUCAGAAGCUUGGGUCAUUGGCAGACUUCAACUUCAUCGAUGUAUCUAAUAACUAUUUGACAGGUCCGAUUCCGCCGGAAAUGUGUAAAAAGGGUAAGUUGAAGGUGUUGCGGAUGUUUCAAAACAUAUUCACCGGAGAAAUCCCAGCGAAUUAUGCGAAUUGUACCUCAAUGAUUCGUUUGCGAGUGAACAAAAACUCUCUUUCUGGUAGUGUGCCCCCCGGACUGUGGGGUGUGCCGCACGCCCAUCUCAUCGAUCUCAGCAUGAACCAAUUCAACGGUCCCCUGACGUCGGACAUUGCAUCGUCUCUUAUUUUCAUGGACUUGAGCUAUAAUAUGUUUUCCGGCGAGAUACCAUCGAGUAUCAAACAGCUACAGAAUCUUCAAAAUCUUUAUUUGCAAAAUAACCAAUUUUCUGGUUCCAUACCGGCCACGUUAGGCUCCUGCGUGUCUUUAAAAGAAAUCGACUUGAGCUAUAAUAUGUUUUCCGGCGAGAUACCGUCGAGCAUCGGAGAUCUACGGAUGCUUCAGACUCUUUAUUUGCAGAAUAACCAAUUGUCUGGUUCGAUUCCUUCGUCUCUGGGAUGGCUAUCUUUUCUCAAUCGGUUAAAUCUAUCAAACAACAACCUAUCGGGGUCAAUCCCUUCGAGUUUAUUGUCUCUGAAGCUUAUCUUUCUGGAUUUGUCCAACAACCAAUUGAGCGGCUUCAUACCACAAUCACUCUUUAUAGAGGCGUAUAAGAAUAGCUUCAAAGGGAACCCCGGCCUCUGCAUUUCGCACAUCAAUUAUUUACAGCCUUGUUCGUCUGGUUCACAGGAUGUGGCGUUCAGUAUAAGCAUAAUCCAAUGCGGAAUAUUUAUCUGAAGAUAAGUGUAUUCAUCAUAUAAUCUCAAGAUAAAGACUCCAUUAAAUGUUUCAUACUGUCAUACUAUUUAGUAAAAUUAAUUAAGGUUAGGAUACGUUGGACUCAAGGAAUGUCAAUGGUUUUAUGUGUUGCUCAGGUCUGGGAAAUUAGUCUGUUGCUUAAAUUUACCAGUCCUGAUGUUCCAUAUCCUAUCAAAUAUUUCGCAUUUUCUAUCAUCAUCUCUAUUUCAGGUAUCCGGGAAUCCUCAAUAAAUGAAAUAUUCCUUAAAUAAUUGAUAUGUAAGACGGUGAGAGAAAGUGAAUGUAUCAUGUUACCUCAUAUUAUGGAUACCUCAA